AGCAGAAACCUCUCAGGCUUGGUUGGAGUGGGAGGAAGCCAAGUUGGAAACACCGCGGAGAGAAACUCGGAGCAGCAGUGACCGGCGCAGAGCGGACCAGGACCAUAGACCAGGACCCGGCGCAGAGCGGACUCCCUCCCCGGGCUGUGAUGACCCUCAGCGGGCUGCAGACUCAGCGAACUCCCGCUCCUUAAAAACAUCUGGAGGAUCCAACUUCGCUUCAAACUUUCCGCGCGGCUCCUCGGUGUGAGCUCGGGCAGUCGUUAGUCCGCCUGGCCUGUAGACCGGAUCCACAUGUCCCUGCCUCGCUCCGGAUAGUUCCCACAACAGACCAGGUGAGCAGGCCGUGGUUUCCCCGGGAGACCUGCGCAGGUAACACAGAGAGGAUCACCUUUACGCACGCGGUGACGCACGGAUCUCUUUCACGCUCCGCAUUCCGCCCCACGGCUCUCCCGGAGCCGCAGGAGAACACAGAGACCCGGGGAGCCUCCAGGAGGACCAGGACGGGCAUGGAUGUACCCGGAGAGACCGAGACUCGGAGGGGGGAAGCCUGGAGGACCCCCGCGGUGAUGAAGAGGAGGAGGAGGAGGAAGGCAGCGGCGGAGACGAUGUUCGCUUUCGGAUUGUUCUGCGUACAAGCCCUCACGGUCCAGGCCGCCUUCAUCCAGUUCACCAAGGAGCCAAAGUCCCAGGAUGCUUUGCACGGCCGCAGCGCCAUGCUCCGCUGCGAGGUCAGCGACCCGACCGACAUCACGUACGUCUGGCUCCACGACGGGCAGCGCCUGCAGAACGACGAGCGCCGCUUCCAGGAAGGGAGCAACCUGAAGUUCACGGCGGUGGAUCGGCUGCUGGACGCGGGGAACUUCAUCUGCAAAGCGGAGAACCCGGCGGUCGGGGAGAUGCUCCUCUCCACCAACGCCUCCUUCAAUAUCAAGUGGUUGGAAAGCGGAGGCGUCACUCUGAAGGAGCCGGCAUCAGAGGGGGAGAUCGAGAGCUCUGCGCCCGUCACGCUGCGCUGCCACAUCGAUGGACACCCACGGCCGACGUGUCAGUGGUUUAAAGACGGGGUGAAGCUGACGGAGAAGAGUCAUCAGAUCAACAAUAAAGAGAGGACGCUCACCGUGAAGAGCGCCAGCCCAGACGAUAACGGCCUGUACUACUGCUGCGCCAAGAACGCAGCCGGACACGUCUGCAGCAACAGCAACUUCACCCUCAACAUCAUCGACAAGAGCUUCCCCCGCUCCGUGGUCACGCCCGAGGACCAGGUGGUGCUGAAGAACGAGGAGGCGGCGUUCCACUGCCAGUUCACCGCCGUCCCCGCCCCCACGCUGGAGUGGUACCACGAGAAAGAGCCGCUGGUUAACAAGUCACGAGUCAUCCUGAUGACAAACGGCUCCCUGCUCAUCACUCAGGUCAAACCCAGAAACACAGGAACCUACAGGUGUGUCGGCCGGGGCGUGAGCGGGGCGCAGGUCACACUGGAAGCCUCCCUUCUCAUCGCAGAAAUUGACGACAUGGUGGCCAAGAUGUCGAACGUCUUCACAGCGGACACCCUGCAGCGGGUGGCAUGUCGGCCUCCCCGCGGCAGACCUGAGCCCGAGGUGUGGUGGGAAAGAGAAGGUCAGAGGGUCCCCACGGAAGGCAGGGUGUACCAGGACGGCCUGGAUCUUGUCUUCAGUCCCACAGAGGGCGGGGACUCGGGCAUCUACACCUGCGUUGCCCAGAACAAGGCGGGACGCAGGACACAGGAGGUUACUUUCACCGUGGCCACCGCCCCGGUUUGGGUGUUGAAGCCUCAGGACAGCCUGCUGGAGGAGGGGAAACCAGGUUACCUUCACUGCCACACUCAGGCCAACCCUGAACCUGAGGUCACCUGGUACCGCAACAGCAUGGGGAUCACACCUGAGGACUCUCGUUUCAAGAUGUUUCCUAACGGCACCCUGAGGAUCAACAACGUGGAGGUGUACGACGGACAGAUGUACAGCUGUGAGACUCAGACUGCAGCUGGGCGGCUGUCUGGGCAGGCGAGGGUUAGCGUUCUGGAGAAGCUGAAGUUCACACCGACACCCCAGCCCGCCCAGUGCCUGGAGCUCGACAACGAGAUCACCAUCCAGUGCUCGGCUAAGGGAAGAGAGCCGCCCACCAUCCGCUGGACCAAAGCAGACGGAGGAGAGGUGCCGCCCCACGUGGAGCAGAGGAACGGUCAGCUUCACUUCACCAAAGUGACCCGCAGCGACGCCGGAAACUACACCUGCAUCGCCUCCAACAGCCUGCAGGGGGAGAUCAGAGCGCUGGUGACGCUCACCGUAGCAGUGUACAUUCGCUUUAAAGUGGAGCCAGAGAACACGACGGUGUAUCAGGGUCACACAGCCGUCCUGCACUGCCAGGCCACCGGAGACCCCGAGCCCCACAUCCACUGGAUGGUCAAAGACAAGACGCUCGACAUCAGCAAGAACAGGAGGAUCCAGAAGAUGGCGAACGGCUCCCUGGUGAUCAGAGACGUCACCACGGACGACACGGGCAGGUACACAUGUGUGGCCGGAAACAGCUGCAGCAUCAAAGACCGGGUGGCCAAGCUGUUUGUCGUGGACAAACCGAAUCAAUCCUACGAUGAAGAAGAAGACAAAGCUCCUUACAAGAUGAUCCAAACCAUCGGUCUGUCCGUGGGCGCCGCCGUAGCUUACAUCAUCGUGGUUCUAGGACUCAUGUUCUACUGCAAGAAGAGACGCCAUGCCAAACGACAGCAGAAAGGACAGGACGGAGAGGAGCCAGAGAUGGAGUGUCUGAACGGAGGGACUGUCCAACAAAACGGUCACACCACCGCUGAGAUCCAGGAGGAGGUGGCGCUCACAAACAUGGGAACCAUAGCAACAACGGAGAAACGCCACAGCCACGUCAACAACGACAAACUGCACUUCCCCCGAGCGAACCUGCAGACCAUCACCACUCUGGGUAAAGGAGAGUUCGGGGAGGUGCUCCUGUGUAAAGCUAAAGGUCUGGAGGAGAGCGAGGAGGAGUCGGUGGUUCUGGUGAAGAGUCUGCAGACCAGAGACGAACAGCUGCAGCUCGACUUCCGCCGCGAAGCUGAGAUGUUCGCCAAGCUCAGCCACCCCAACGUGGUCCGCCUGCUGGGCCUGUGCAGGGAGGUAGACCCCCACUACAUGAUCCUGGAGUACUAUGACCUGGGAGACCUCAAGCAGUUCCUGAGAAUCUCCAAAAGCAAAGACGACAAGAUCAAAUCUACGCCAAUCAGCACCAAGACCAAAGUUUCCAUCUGUGCCCAGGUGGCUCAUGGGAUGGAGCACCUCUCCAAUCAUCGCUUCGUCCACAAAGACCUCGCCGCCAGAAACUGUCUGAUCAACAGCCAGCGGCGCGUGAAGGUGUCGUCGCUCAGCCUCAGCAAGGACGUCUACAACAGUGAGUACUAUCACUACAGACAGGCGUGGAUCCCGCUGCGCUGGCUCCCCUCAGAGUCGGUGUUUGAGGACGACUUCUCCACCAAGUCUGACGUGUGGGCCUUCGGAGUGUUGAUGUGGGAGGUGUUCAGUCACGGGGAAAUGCCGCACGCCAAACUGAAUGAUGACGAGGUGCUGGAAGCUCUGCAGACGGGGAAGCUGAAGCUGCCUCCUCCUGACGGCUGUCCGUCUAAGAUCUACAAGCUGAUGUGUCGCUGCUGGGCGCUCAGCCUGAAGGAGCGUCCGUCCUUCACCGACAUCGUCCACGCGCUGGGAGAAGUGCCGUCUGACAGCAAAGUCUGAGACCACGUGUGAGGGGAACUCUGACCUGCCCCCCUCCCCUCCCCACCCCAAAUAUCAAAAAGACACGAUGCUGGAUUUUCACACAUUUCAGGGAGGAGGAGGGUUGGAGGAGAACAAACACUUUUUUUAUGCAUUUCAAACAGCGUCUGCGUGGAGGAGACUGAAACUGACUCACGUGUGUGUGGACGGCGAGCAGAGACCGGGGGGGGGUUUAUGUUUGCCUUAAAUGCAGCGUGGAUGACCCCACCACAAACCAACACCACCACCACCACACCCCCCACAGAGACCCGUGUGUGGCUCCACUGUGACCCUGCCUGCUCUGCGUACUGUCCCUGAGACACCUCUGAUCCACGGAGACUCACGACCUCAGUGCCUCUACCUCUCCACACACACACACACUCCCACACACACUCACACACACACACUCAGACCUCCUGCUGUGGGAUGUUUGAGCCUUGUUACCCCGGUUCAGAUUUAUAAAUUAAGAUAAAUGUUACUGUUUUGAAGUUUGAAGAAAACUUCAUAGAUGCUCAAUCAGCCAAUCAGAGGUGUUUUUAUCGGCCUCCUCAGAUGCAUCCCGUGUGUGUGUGUGUGUGUGUGUGUUCACCACUGAUCUGUCCCUGUGCUCCUGUGUGUGUUUUAAAGAAGUGGAGUCAGGGUUUUGCAUGAAGGCGUACACGUGAGGAGUCACCCGUCAGUAAAACUUCAGGAACGUCACAAACAUCGACUUUACAGCCAAGGAUCGUCCCCUCGUAGACGUGACUGUGCCACUCCCGGGCUCUUUGUACGAGUGUGUUCUUGUAUUAACUCCAAGGUGCUCAUGUUAGAGUGAUCAUGUGACAGGGAUGCAGCCUAUCACUGUGUGUGUAACCUGCAGCAUCAUUUCUCCAGAGGUCCAAUCACAGUUUCUCUCCCGGCGCGCUCGUUGGGAGCGACGCUGCAGCGUGUACAUAAAGUAGAAGCCAUGCACUAACUUCACUUAAAGACUCUCUCCCUCUGUCUCUCUCUCGUGUCGUGUAGUCGGACAUGCAGGAGCCUGCUUAUUUAUGAUGAAGGUCCUGUCUUUUUUUAACUGUUUGUAAUAGGAAGGUACUUCUUCUUCUUCUUCUUCUUCUUCUUCAUCUUCUUCUGUCUCACGGUUCAAUCAGUGAGCGCUCAGGCUGCGAACAGCUGGAGACGCUAACGCAAACUAAGAGGUCAAAAAGAGUGGACUGCUCCUUUAAGUGCCUGCUAAAUGAAGGAUUCUCUUUCCUGUUUCCCUCCUUUUUUACUUUAUCUAAUCAAACCAAGGCCUUUGUGUAUGAACCUGUUUUUAUACGUUGUUUUUAGUGUUUGGUUUUAUGAAUGCUAGGCGCUCACACCUAGACGUGUUUUUUUUUAAUCUGCUUCAGCAAAUGUUCACAGUAAUCCCAGAUAUUUACAAAAGUAUACAUGCUGCUGUUAAUAAAGGUUCACAGUGUUUUUAA